AUGUUCCAUAAUUGUCAUAUCAAAGAUAAAGAUAGCAUCCCAUUCGAGCACAACUACAAUUUGAAUAUAUGUCCUCCAGAACUCCCAAAAGAUUUUGGAUUAGAAGUUUUAAACAAAGAAUUUUUGAUAGAAAAAUCUUUAAGUGUGAAAACAGUCCAGGAACUUGUAGACUUAUAUACAAAAGCAAUUGAGCACUACAGCUACAAACAAAAUCCUUUAUCGCAUUACUUUCAAAGCAAGCUAAAACAACUGUUAAGCAGAUUUGAUGUGAUACAGAUCAUGAAUAACCAUUCAGAAAACAUCUCUCGGCAGUUCAAAAAACCUAUUCCAAAGAAAAAGCACGAUACCCCCAAGAAGUGCAUAGUAGAAAAAGUCCCUGAAGUUGUAAUCCAACCCCCCACAAAGCUUGAGAGAACCUCUACAAGAAUAAUUUCUCAAUCAGACAAUCGAAUCAAAGACACUGUUCCAAAAAUCCUCAAAAACUGUCGUUCUCAAGAAGACGACUUGAAUUUCCGACUCCUAAACCGAAAAAGACAAAAAAUCAGUCAAGGCUUGAAAAAACUGCAGUUAUCCUCUUCUUUCACAAAUGAAACCUGCUCUUCAGAGCAUCUUUCUAUUUCUUUUGACUAUGGAAGAUUCACAGAUAGGCUUGAACAAACAUUAGAAGAAAUCAUGGAACGCAACUGGUACUUAAUUAAAAAAACUGAUAGGCAUUUUAUCCAUUUUUUAUUAUAAAUUCCAUUUUUAUUUAAUAAAAAAUAUUAAAAAAAAAAACUUUUUCGCUAGCCUGUGCAACUGUUCAGCCAAAAUCUCAAGAAUUACAGAAAUCCAAGUCAAUUAUAACAGCCUCAUCAGAGAAAUUGAAGAUUCUGACUUCCCAGACCACCAAAAAAUAGCAGAUUUAAAAGAAAAAAUGCAAAAUGAGAUCUCUCGUGCUGAAAAAUCUUUUAAAACCUCCCUCAAAGAAGAGCUAAAUUUUUAUAAGCAGACCUUCCUAUAA